GCGUCAUCACGUAAGACGUGAAAAAGAAUGUAUCGGUCACGUGUGUCCAUUCUGUCUUUUUUGUGUCCGACGCUAAUCGUUGUUUUUUAGUAUUACAAAUUUUAGUGGCGGGAUUUUCAUCGUUAACUUCGUGGCUACGUCACUUCCUUAGCAGGAAAUAGAAUUAGCACGCUAGUCGGUGAAAAAUGUUAAACGUUGUGCGCGUGACCGCUCGCUUCGGUCGCGUGCUCCGGUUAACAGCUGAACGUACCGGCUCACUUCCGGGUUUCAAGGCCACGCUGGGACACGCCACUCCCCGCCAUGUCCACGGCAGACUCCGUGGCCCCGAAAGGAGCUGUACGGUGGACCCGAACCAGGAAGAACAGUUCUUUUUUGUGGACUUGACAGGUCUCCCAGAUCAAGAGGAGGAACCCAGAAUUGUGAACAGUGUAGGUCCAAAGCAGCAGACCGCCCCUCCUCCCCAGCAGACUCGCUCCAGGUCUGUGCAGAUUCAGGUCCAGGGUUCGAAGGACCUAACUUGGCAGGAUCAUGUUUUGGAAUCUUGCAUCCAGUUCCAGGACGUGGACUUUCCCCUGGACCAGAGUGUCGUGGCCUCAAAAAAGAAGAACAAGUCUCUGAAACACGAGCAUAAGAUCUACGGUUCGCCAGAUUUGGAUGAACCCAGUAGCGACACCUGCUGCAUGGGCUGUGGCAGCAUCCUGCACUGCACAGAUGCCACCAUCCCGGGAUACCUGCCAAGUGAGAAAUACAAGGUCCUGCUGCAGGAAGAGCGCCUGAGCAGUGCCACUUGCCAGCGCUGCCACUUGCUUCGCCAUCACCAAAAGGCUCUGAGUCUGAAAGUGUCCAAGGAUGAGUUCCGCGACGUGGUGCAGAAGAUCCGGUCCCAGAGGGCACUCGUGCUUCUUUGUGUGGACCUCCUGGAUGUCCCAGACUCCAUCAUCCCUGAUCUGCCGGAAUUGGUGGGCAGCAACAAACAUAUCGUCGUCCUCGGCAACAAGAUUGACCUCCUUCCGGGAGACUCGCCAAACUACCUGCAGCGGAUUAAACGGCAGCUGUCCCAGUAUUGCCAGUAUGCCGGUUUUGGGACUCAGGUGACCGACGUCCACCUGAUCAGUGCUAAGACCGGGUACGGGAUUGAGGGCCUGAUCUCCAGCCUGCAGAGGGCAUGGAAGUACAAAGGUGAUGUCUACCUGGUUGGAAGUGCCAAUGCGGGAAAAUCAACGCUCUUCAACACGUUGCUGGAGUCCGACUUCUGCAAAUCCAAAACCUCCAGCAUUCGCAAAGCCACUAUUUCCCCGUGGCCUGGCACCACCCUGAACCUGCUCAAGUUCCCCAUCAUCAACCCGACCCCGUAUAGAAUGUUCCGGCGGCAGCGGCGUCUUCAAGAAUCACGCAGACAGAUGGAGGAUGAGCUCUCGCCGGAUGAAAUGAAGCGGCUGCAAGACUUUCGCCGCCGGGGGUACUUAGUGGGUCGCGUGGGUAGAACGUUCCUACCCAACGUCAGACAGGGAAUGAUUGAGUUUGACCCAGACAGUUUAGCCUUUGGAGAGAACGGAGAUGAAGAGAUGACCACGGAAAAAGAAGACUCGGUUCAUGAGUUUACCUACAAUGAACUGAAAGAUGCGCACUGGCUCUUCGACACACCAGGAAUCAUGAAGGAACACGAUGUUCUCAGGUUGCUGAACGAACAGGAAGUGAAAGCUGUGGUUCCCACGCAGGCUAUCAUACCUCGCACCUUCGUACUGAAGCCCGGAAUGAGUCUCUUUGUGGGAGCUCUGGCCAGGAUCGACCUCCUGGAGGGGGAAAAGUCCUGCUGGUUUUCCGUCAUUGCCUCGUCUCAACUUCCGGUUCACAUCAGCAGCCUGGAGAAAGCAGACAGUGUUUAUCAGAAACAUGCCGGACGUGAGCUGCUGGGGGUGCCGGCGGGAGGUGAGGAGCGGAUGAAGGAGUUUCCGGCGUUGCUUCCUCAGGAGGUCCAGCUGGAGGGUCGAGGUCACCUGGAGGCGACGGCCGACAUCAAGCUGUCGUCUGCAGGAUGGGUGGCGGUGACAGCACCGGAGGGCCAGAAGCUUCUGUUGAUGGUUCACGGCCCGCCGUUGGUCGGCUUCGGUCUAAGGACGCCGCCGCUACUUCCUCAUGUGGUCUCCCUGAAGGGGGCGCGAAUCCCAAAAUCCGCCGCCUACAAAGUGCUCAAACCGUCGAGGAUGCAGGAUGCUGGACUGUCGGCCCGUGUCGCCAAGAGGCGGCAGGUGAAGCCCACGAAAAAGUGAGGAAGGUGUAAGUCAAACUACUUCCUAAAUGAUUUGAAUUCACAUGCGUGACGGAGUGAAAGGAACGCCCCGUCACUUUAAGACGCAGAAUGCGCCACCCUCUCCCAGGAGAUGCUUUAAUCUCACCAUGACAGUUGGUGUUGUCAACUCAUUUUCUAUCACUGAUGUGUGUGCUUUAUUAUUUAAAGGACAAAUGUAUGAAAAGCAAGUGAUUAAAAUGCAAAAGUGA